AUUAUUCAGUUUCUUUGUGGAUGGCAGUUACACAACAUGGAUGCUCACCACGUCAGCAUAGAGGAAAUUGAAGAAUAUUACAUGGUGGUUAGUCAAACAUUCACAAGCGAGGAACAAGGUUUCGAGUUCUAUAACAGAUAUGCUAAAGCCAAAGGGUUCAGCGUGAGGAAGGCCAAUGUGAAAAACAAGGGAGGCAUAAGAAUCCAAAGGUUGUACAUGUGCAGCAAAGAAGGAUAUAGGUCCUUGAAAAACUUUGAAAGGUCCAACCGGAAAAGGAAACCAAGGGCACUCUCUCGUUGUGGAUGUGACGCUCAACUGCAAAUCGAGCUCAAUAUGGAAACCCGUGAAUGGUUUGUCAAGGACUUUGUGGACCAACAUAACCAUGAAUUCACUAAGCCUGACCAGACACCUUUCUUAUGGUCUCAUCGUGGACUUAAUGAUCCUCAAAAGGCUGAUGCCAUUGAGUAUGGUAUUGGUGGUCUACGCACACAUCAGAUAAUGGACGUAAUGGAGAAGCAGCAUGGUGGGUAUGACAAAGUCGGUUGUGUGUCUCGGGACCUAUAUAAUUUUAUUGCUGAGUACAAGAAGCAAAGGAUUGAAGGUUUUGACGCCCAAUACAUGCUGAACUAUAUGGCUGCGCAGGAAGAGAGAGAUUCUGAAUUCUUUUACAGGUACAGCACAGACAGCGAAGGCCAUCUGCAGAACCUUUUUUGGUCAGACGCGCAGUCCCGGUUGGACUAUGAUGCCUUUGGUGGUGUUGUUGUGUUUGACAGCACGUACCGUGUAAACAAAUAUAACUUGCCAUUUGUCCCAUUCAUUGGAUUGAACCACCAUCGCAGCACAGUUGUCUUUGGGGUCGGCAUUGUAUCAGACGAGACCGUGGCAUCAUAUAAGUGGCUGCUCCAUUCAUUUUUGGAGGCGAUGCACCAGAACCAUCCCAGGUCCGUGAUCACUGAUGGGGACCAUGCAAUGGCGAGAGCAAUAUUGCAGGUAUGGCCGAACACAGAUCAUCGGCUGUGUAGCUGGCACAUCGAACAAAAUAUGGUACGCUACCUUCGGAACCCGAAGCUCAGCGACUUUAGAAAAUUGAUUUACCGUGCUUUCGAGGUUGAUGAGUUUGAGAGAGGUUGGCUCCAGUUCAACAAACACUAUGGGAUAACGGAAAAAGACACGUGGAUCUGCAGGAUGUACGAGCUAAGAAAGAAGUGGUCUGCAGCCUAUACCAAAGGAAGGCACUUCCUGGGCAUGAGAAGUAAUCAAAGGAGCGAAAGUCUAAAUUCUACGCUUCAUGUGCAGCUGGACAGGAGAAUGAGACUUAUUGAUUUGCUGCAACACCAUGAGCAUUGCAUCUCAGUUAUGCGAAGGAAUGAGGCUGCAAUGGAUGCCGUGGCCUCGCAGACGGUGCCCUUCACUGAAUUAAUGGCUGACCCACUGGAGAAAAAUGCGUCAUAUAUCUACACCCCUAUAAUGUUCGAGAAGGUUAAGGGGGAGAUCGUGAGGUUAUCAAAAUGGCAAGUCGAGGAGGUGAACAAGGAAGAUAGUUUGACGAGGUUUGCAGUUGUUCAUAAAGAGGGGAGGCAAGUAAGAUUUGAUGUGAGGUGUGUUUAUGUGGGCUCGGUGAUAGCGAGUGUGCACUGCCAAUGCCGGAAGAUGAAGAGUGAGGAUAUUCCAUGCACACAUAUAUUUGCUAUUCUGAAGUGCGUUGGGUUAGACACCAUUCCUAGUUGUUGUGGUGCUAAAAGAUGGACGAUGAAAGCCAAGCCUGCCUUCGAUUCAGACAGGAGUGCCAGUACGCAGCAAUGGUCAGAACGGAUGGAUCGUUUCCAUGAGCUCCGUAACGAUGCAAGCGUUGCUUUUUUUAAGGCUUCGAAAUCCGCAGCGCAAUCAGAGAGGGUGAUGGCAUUUCUCAACAGUAUUAUUGAUGAGGGUGAGAAUGACGAGAAUACUAACAUAGCAUCAUUUGGUCCUUUGCCGGCAUAUUUUUCUGGGGCACGCCAAACCUUCACAACUAAAGUUCUGGAUCCAAUACCAAUUAUUCCAAAAGGUGCUCCAUCGAAGGGCAGGUUGAAGCCAUUCCAGGAGACUAUGAAGAAAAAGAAGCCCAAACAUGACUGCGGGCAAAGUUGGACAGGCGUUAAUUAUGCUGAAGAGCCACACAUCAGUGGAAUCAGCUAUCUACUUGUCUAAACUUUUUAAAAGUGUCAGGAUUUUCAAGUGUCUUGAUGUAAUUUUCCCUUUGGAUAUUGAACAUUUUCCUUUUUGGCUCCAUGCGUAGGACAUGAUGAUUGUAAUAUGGCGGUUUUGGCUGUAUCAAGCAUUUACUUAAUUCUGCAAUGCCCUUUUUUCAUUCUUUGACCACCUGUGAUAUUCGUUGUUCUGGUCCUUUGAUUAUAUAAUCGUUUUUUAAUAAUGGUCUAAUAAAUCUUUCGAGCGCUAUAAUCAAGUUGCUGUUUGCCUGGCUAAUAAACCAUAGACCCACUUACUUUAUGGGCCUAUUCGGUUGCCUGGAUGAGGCCCACGUAGGCCCUAGCGGUCUCAAAAAGUCACCCCGAACCCACCAGGUGCAUCCUGUAGGCGCCGAAUUUUAAACAUGAA